AUGGUUACAGAUGGAGAGAACAAAGAUGACCUGAAGGCCGAGACCGGAGGAAUGGCACGGUCGGCCGAAAAGGUCAAGGAGGAAAACGCGGAUCAAGUUGAGAAGGGAAGUGACAAAGUCAGUCGAAAGGUCACCGAAGGUGGUGGCGCCGUCAGCAGCAACGAGCUGAUUGACGAAGGAAAGGUCAAACAGGACGACCUUUCGGAUAACUCAUUGUUCCUACAAGAAGAGAUGAAAGAGAAUGGUACCAGCCCCAUGUCAAGUGACAAGUUUUACACUGACGAUGAGGACGAAACGACGGUUCAGAUGUCCUUCCACACUGCAAUGAAGCAAGCUGAUUUGGCAGAGAUGACCUUAAAUGAAAAGCUAGAAGAGACCUUUGAGGGGACGGCGCCAGGAAGGACUGACGAACGGGAUCAAAGGUCACCAUCACCAAAAACAUCCGUAAUGAAUGGAUUAAAGCAGCGUGUCAAGGAGCUGGAACAGCUACUUGACGAGAAGGAAGCGCAAGCUUUUGCCGCGAUACGAGACCAACGCAAUAAAACCUUUGAAGUCGAAGCCAGACUGAGCGUGAUGGAACAAGAAAAGGUCACGUUCGAAGACGAAGCACAACAAUGGAGAGUCAGAUUCGAAGGUCAGAAAAAAGCUGCGGAAGAUCUAAGGAAAAUGGUCGAAGAUCGAGACGCGGAAGGUAUGCUCACCGCAGAAGACUACGGGUUGUCCGAGGAAGCAGCUGAAAGGUCACGAGAAAUAGCGGAACUGAAAAAGGAGCGUGACCUUUUACAGUCAAAGGUCAAGGAGGCCGAGAAGAAACGCGAUGAAUCGCUGUCAAAUGCGACAAAGUUCACCGGAAAGGUCACCAGCCUGACGGCUGAUAUCUCGAAACUGAAGGAUGACCUUAAACUACGUGAAGAACUUGUGAAUACGUUGCAAACGGAACUACAAGAGAGGAAAAACAAACAAAACGAAGCAGAAGGCCAGAGAGAUCAAGCGACAAAAAGGCUCCUUGAACUGGCGGAAAAGACGAAAACGGAAUUCAAGCGACUCAAUGAUGAAGUCGAGAACCAAAAGAAAGAAGCAAAGAAAUGGCUGACCGUAGCACAACAGCGUGACGAACGGGUCACCGUGCUAGAGGUCGCAAAUAGAGAAGGGCAGCAAGAGAAUGAAAGACAAAAAGAAGAGAUCGCCAAAUUGAGCGAUGAACUUGUCGAAUUGGCCACUACAAUAAUGGAAAAGGAUGAUAAAUUCAAGACAGUUGAAGAGGAAUGCGAAGCGAGAGGAAGGACCCUCGCAGACAGAGCGGAUCGUAUCACACGGUUGAAGCGGCUGAGAUCUAAAAACAGCAAAAAUGGAUCUCGAUAA